CUGAGGCUGGGACUGUCACUCAUUCUCCGAUCCGCGCGUGAACGCAGCUCGGCAGCGGCUGGCAGGAAACAAUUCUGCAAAAAUAAUCAUACUCAGCCUGGCAAUUGUCUGCCCCUAGGUCUGUUGCUCUGCCGCCGUCCACACUCUCUGCAAGGGGGGGGCACAGAAUUUACCGCGGCAAGAACAUCCCUCCCAACCAGCAGAUUACAAUGCUGCAAACUAAGGAUCUCAUCUGGACUUUGUUUUUCCUGGGAACCGCAGUUUCUCUGCAGGUGGAUAUCGUCCCCAGCCAAGGAGAAAUCAGCGUCGGAGAAUCCAAGUUCUUCUUAUGCCAAGUGGCAGGAGAUGCCAAAGAUAAAGACAUCUCCUGGUUCUCCCCUAACGGAGAGAAGCUCACCCCAAACCAGCAGCGGAUCUCCGUGGUGUGGAACGACGACUCUUCCUCCACGCUCACCAUCUACAAUGCCAACAUUGAUGACGCCGGCAUUUACAAGUGUGUGGUCACUGAUGAGAGCGGCAGUGAGUCAGAGGCCACGGUCAACGUGAAGAUCUUCCAGAAGCUCAUGUUCAAGAAUGCACCAACCCCGCAAGAGUUCAGGGAGGGGGAAGAUGCUGUGAUCGUGUGUGAUGUGGUCAGCUCCCUACCCCCCACCAUCAUCUGGAAGCACAAAGGCCGAGAUGUCAUCCUGACGAAAGAUGUCCGAUUCAUAGUCCUGUCCAACAACUACCUGCAGAUCCGGGACAUCAAGAAAACAGAUGAGGGCACUUAUCGCUGCGAGGGCAGGAUCCUGGCACGGGGGGAGAUCAACUUCAAGGACAUUCAGGUCAUUGUGAACGUGCCGCCCACUGUCCAGGCCAGGCAGAGCAUCGUGAAUGCCACCGCCAACCUCGGCCAGUCCGUCACCCUGGUGUGCGAUGCCAAAGGCUUCCCAGAGCCCACCAUGAGCUGGACAAAGGAUGGGGAACAGAUAGAGAACGAGGAAGACGAGAAGUAUGUCUUCAGCGAUGACAGUUCUGAGCUGACCAUCAGGAAGGUGGAUAAGAACGACGAGGCCGAGUACGUGUGCAUUGCCGAGAAUAAGGCUGGAGAGCAGGAUGCGUCCAUCCACCUCAAAGUCUUUGCGAAACCCAAAAUCACUUAUGUAGAGAACCAGACCGCCAUGGAACUAGAAGAACAAGUCACUCUGACCUGUGAAGCCUCAGGAGACCCCAUUCCCACUAUCACCUGGAGGACUUCUACCCGGAACAUCAGCAGCGAAGAAAAGACUCUGGACGGGCACAUGGUGGUGCGUAGCCACGCCCGAGUGUCGUCCCUGACCCUGAAGAGCAUCCAGUACACAGACGCCGGAGAAUACAUCUGCACCGCCAGCAACACCAUCGGCCAGGACUCCCAGUCCAUGUACCUGGAAGUGCAAUAUGCCCCCAAGCUGCAGGGCCCCGUGGCUGUGUACACAUGGGAGGGGAACCAGGUGAACAUCACGUGCGAGGUGUUUGCCUACCCCAGUGCUACCAUCUCGUGGUUUCGAGAUGGUCAGCUGCUGCCAAGCUCCAACUACAGCAAUAUCAAGAUCUACAACACCCCCUCCGCCAGCUAUCUAGAGGUGACCCCAGACUCUGAAAAUGAUUUCGGAAAUUACAACUGUACUGCAGUGAACCGCAUUGGACAGGAGUCUUUGGAGUUCAUCCUUGUCCAAGCAGACACCCCAUCUUCACCAUCCAUCGACCAGGUGGAGCCAUACUCUAGCACAGCCCAGGUGCAGUUUGAUGAACCAGAGGCCACCGGUGGGGUGCCCAUCCUCAAAUACAAGGCUGAGUGGAGAGCAGUGGGCGAGGAAGUGUGGCAUUUCAAGUGGUAUGAUGCCAAAGAAGCCAACAUGGAGGGCAUCGUCACCAUCGUGGGCCUGAAGCCCGAAACUACAUACGCCGUGCGACUGGCGGCCCUCAACGGCAAGGGUCUGGGUGAGAUCAGCACGGCCUCUGAGUUCAAGACGCAGCCAGUCCGGGAACCCAGCGCACCUAAGCUCGAAGGGCAGAUGGGAGAGGACGGAAACUCUAUUAAGGUGAACCUGAUCAAGCAGGAUGACGGCGGCUCCCCCAUCAGGCACUACCUGGUCAAGUACCGAGCGCUCUCCUCCGAGUGGAAACCAGAGAUCCGGCUCCCGUCUGGCAGUGACCACGUCAUGCUCAAGUCCCUGGACUGGAAUGCUGAGUAUGAGGUCUACGUGGUGGCUGAGAACCAGCAGGGCAAGUCCAAGGCGGCUCAUUUUGUGUUCAGGACCUCGGCCCAGCCCACGGCCAUCCCAGCCAACGGCAGCCCUACAUCAGGCCUGAGCACCGGGGCCAUCGUGGGCAUCCUCAUUGUCAUCUUCGUCCUGCUCCUGGUGGUGGUGGACAUCACCUGCUACUUCCUGAACAAAUGUGGCCUGCUCAUGUGCAUCGCCGUCAACCUGUGUGGGAAGGCCGGGCCCGGAGCCAAGGGCAAGGACAUGGAGGAGGGCAAAGCCGCCUUCUCGAAAGAUGAGUCCAAGGAGCCCAUCGUGGAGGUGCGGACUGAGGAGGAGCGGACCCCAAACCACGAUGGAGGGAAACACACGGAGCCCAAUGAGACCACACCGCUGACAGAGCCCGAGAAGGGCCCAGUAGAAGCAAAGUCGGAGUGCCAGGAGACAGAAACGAAGUCAGCGCCAGCCGAAGUCAAGACGGUCCCCAACGACGCCACACAAACAAAGGAGAACGAGAGCAAAGCAUGAUGGGUGACAAGAAACAAGCAGAUCAAAGUAAAAAGUGACACCACAGCUUCACCAGAGCAUUCCCAAUAUCUCACACAUGCACACACACGCACACACACACAUCUCAUUCCUCUAGUGUCUUUUGCCUUUAAAAAAAAAAAAACUAAACAGAUAAACAUGGGAUCUCCUUUUUGUAGGUUUAUAGAAAGGGUUCCUUCGCUACGCGCACUCACUUGUAAGAAAAUGAGACAAAAAGGUUAAACCCACAGCCAAACUAGGACACUCUGUUCCCUGAAACCAU